AUGACCCAACUAACACCACAACAAGCUCUUACUUUCUUACUUGAUGGUAAUAAUCGAUUUGUUGAAGGUAAAACAAUAACAUACAAUUUUGAGGAACGAAGAAAAGAAUUAAUUAAUAAACAAGAACCAAUUGCUACAGUUAUUUGUUGUUCCGAUUCAAGAGCACCUCCAGAAUACCUAUUUAAUGUUAAUUUUGGAGAUAUUUUUGUUGUUCGUUCUGCUGGUGGUGUUAUUGGACAAACAGAACUAGGGUCAAUAGAAUAUGGUGUAACUCAUUUAAAAACUCCUCUCAUCGUUGUUUUAAGUCAUACCUCUUGUGGUGCAUGUACUGCUGCAUGUCAACGUGCACAUUCAGAGAAUGCGCUUUCUUCUAUUCUUUCAGAUCUUAUUCCAAUUGCUGAAAAAUGUAAUAAUGACAUUUGCUCUACUUGUAUUCAAAGUGCAAUACAACAUGCUGAAUAUCUUCGUUCAAAUCCAUUAUUACAACCUUUGAUAAAACAGGGUCAAUGUAAUAUUGUUUCAAUGAUCUACAAUAUAGAAACUGGUAAGUGUGAAGUUGUUCAAUAA